GUUAGUGGGUCACCCCUGCCUUCACGCAGCUGCGCGCUUCCCACUCUUUGGCCCCCUACCUUCGCAGGGGAAGGGGCAGAAGGGGACUCCGCGCCGCCGAGGCGGACCGAUUCCUUCUGGUUGCUCUGCCCCCAGCUUCUCCGUCGGCUCACGAAACCCAGCCCGCCCCACCACGCAGAGCCUGGAAGGAAAGAGAGCCCCAUGCCUAAGCCGCGGGCAGCACCAUGGAUCUGACAAAGAUGGGCAUGAUCCAGCUGCAGAACCCCAGCCACCCUUCGGGGCUCCUGUGCAAGGCCAACCAGAUGCGGCUGGCCGGGACGCUGUGCGACGUGGUCAUCAUGGUGGACAGCCAGGAGUUCCAUGCCCACCGGACCGUGCUGGCCUGCACCAGCAAGAUGUUUGAGAUCCUCUUCCACCGCAACAGCCAGCACUACACUCUGGACUUCCUCUCGCCAAAGACUUUCCAGCAGAUCCUGGAGUAUGCCUACACGGCCACGCUGCAGGCCAAGGCGGAGGACCUGGACGACCUGCUGUACGCCGCGGAGAUCUUGGAGAUCGAGUACCUGGAGGAGCAGUGCCUGAAGAUCCUGGAGACCAUCCAGGCCACAGACGACAAUGACACGGAGGCCACCAUGGCGGACGGCGGGGCGGAGGAAGAAGAGGACCGCAAGCCUCGGUACCUCAAGAACAUCUUCAUCUCGAAGCAUUCCAGCGAGGAGAGUGGGUAUGCCGGCGUGGCUGCGCAGAGCCUCCCUGGGCCCAUGGCGGACCAGAGCCCGUCCAUGUCCACCUCAUUUGGACUGUCAGCCAUGAGUCCCACCAAGGCCGCAGUGGACAGUUUGAUGACCAUAGGACAGUCUCUCCUGCAGGGAACUCUUCAGCCCCCUGCAGGGCCCGACGAACCUACUCUGGCAGGGGCUGGGCGGCUCCCUGGGGUAGCUGAGGUGAAGACAGAGAUGAUGCAGGUGGACGAGGUGCCCAGCCAGGACAGCCCUGGGGCAGCCGAGUCCAGCGUUUCAGGCGGAUUGGGGGACAAGGUUGAGGAAAGGGGCAAAGAGGGGCCCGGGACCCCAACUCGGAGCAGCGUCAUUACCAGUGCGAGGGAGCUGCACUAUGGGCGCGAGGAGAGUGCCGAGCCGCUGCCGACCCCCGCGGAGGCCGGCCAGGGUCCCCCGGGCCGACAGGAGCACCUGGCGCCCACCGCAGAGAAACAUCUGGGCGUCUACUCCGUGCUGCCCAACCACAAGGCUGACUCUGUGCUGAACAUGCCGUCGUCGGUGUCCUCCGGGCUCCACGUGCAGGUGCAGCCCGCCCUGGCUGUGUCCAUGGACUUCAGCACCUACGGGAGCCUGCUGCCGCAGGGCUUCAUCCAGAGGGAGCUGUUCAGCAAGCUGGGUGAGCUGGCUGUGGGCAUGAAGUCGGAGAGCCGGACCCUCGGGGAGCCGUGCAGCGUAUGUGGGGUGGAUCUUCCUGACAACGAGGCUGUGGAGCAGCACAGGAAGCUGCACAGCGGGAUGAAGACGUACGGGUGUGAGCUCUGCGGAAAGCGGUUCCUCGAUAGUUUGCGACUGAGAAUGCACUUACUGGCUCACUCAGCGGGCGCCAAAGCCUUCGUCUGCGAUCAGUGCGGUGCCCAGUUCUCGAAGGAGGAUGCCCUGGAGACACACAGGCAGACCCAUACAGGCACAGACAUGGCUGUCUUCUGUCUGCUGUGCGGGAAGCGUUUCCAGGCGCAGAGCGCCCUCCAGCAGCACAUGGAGGUCCACGCGGGCGUGCGCAGCUACAUCUGCAGCGAGUGCAACCGCACCUUCCCCAGCCACACCGCCCUCAAGCGCCACCUGCGCUCGCACACAGGCGACCACCCGUACGAGUGUGAGUUCUGUGGCAGCUGCUUCCGGGAUGAGAGCACACUCAAAAGCCACAAGCGCAUCCACACGGGCGAGAAGCCCUAUGAGUGCAACGGCUGCGGCAAGAAGUUCAGCCUCAAGCACCAGCUGGAGACGCACUACAGGGUGCACACAGGUGAGAAGCCCUUCGAGUGCAAGCUGUGCCACCAGCGCUCCCGGGACUACUCGGCCAUGAUCAAGCACCUGCGGACGCACAACGGCGCCUCCCCCUACCAGUGCACCAUCUGCACCGAGUACUGCCCCAGCCUGUCCUCCAUGCAGAAGCACAUGAAGGGCCACAAGCCCGAGGAGAUCCCGCCCGACUGGCGGAUAGAGAAGACGUACCUGUACCUGUGCUACGUGUGAAGCCGGCCGGGCGGGCCAGAGGAGCGGGAGCGAGAGGAGGAGUUAGAGCAGGAUGAAGUCGAGGAAGGAUUGUGCAGAAAAUACAUGUCUAUACAGAAGGGGAAAAAAGGAAGAAAGAGGAAACCUGGUAGCUCUCUGGCCUAGAGUCUCUCUGGGGCUCCAGGUGACCAGGAUGCCCCGCCUGGCCCCUUCCCGGGCCUCCAUCCCUCCUCUCCUGGCUGGAUUUCUGGGGUGGGGGUGGAAGGGGUUUUGUUCUGCUCAGACCCUCAUUUAUGUCCAGAAAUGGAGUCUGAGAAGAAGGCGAGGGGUGUUCUGGUCAGAGCCAGUCUCUGCCUGCCAUCCUCAGCCUCCUCAGAAGA